UGAAAACUUUGAAAACAUAACCCAAUUUCGGUUGUUUUGCUUAGUUUUUGCCAAAAAGGCGGUGAUAAAUGCAAAAAACAGUAUUUUUAAUUGUGAUAAUUGUGACAGUUUUUGUGUUCUAGCGUAGUUAUAAAAUGAGCGACUUGGAAAAAGCCGAAAUUGAUUGUGCGGAAAAGUCGAAAUUGGUCAAGUCGUUGGAAAAGCAACUGGCGGAUGCCAAAGAGGAAUAUGCGAAAGCUUGUAGCACUUUAGAAGAAUUAAAACGGUUGAAAUCCCUUGAAGAAAAUCGAAAACGAAUUGCCCUAACUGAGAGUACCUUAAACGAAUGGCUUGAAGAAAAAUUCACGUGGUCGGCUAAACUCAAGUCACUGUUGAAGGAAAAAUUCAAAUUUGAUGAUUUCCGGCCUAAACAACUCGCCGCCAUCAAUGCCACCCUCUCCAAGAAAGACGUGCUUCUUGUCAUGCCAACAGGGGGUGGAAAAUCACUAGUUUUCCAACUUCCGGCCCUUAUAGACCCGGGUUUUACACUGGUAGUAACCCCUUUGGUGUCACUAAUUCAAGAUCAGUUAGUCGCUUCUGAAAAAUUCAACAUCGAAGCUGCCACAAUUAACGCAAGUACGUCGAAAAAUGAAAUCAAAGAGAUUUACAACUUGAUGACUGAUAAAAAAUCGACUUUGAAGUUGUUAUAUGUGACUCCUGAGUGGAUCGCGAGAAGCAAAAAGUUUAUGUCGGUUUUGAAAAAAUGCUACGAGUCGAAGAGGGUGGCGAGGAUUGCAAUUGAUGAGGUGCAUUGUUGCUCGACUUGGGGGCACGAUUUUCGUCCCGAUUACCCCUACUUGGGGUUGGUUCGGUCCGUGUUGGAGAAAGUGCCGGUUUUGGGGCUAACCGCGACUGCCACAAUGGCGGUUUUAAAUGAUGUACAAUCAAUGUUGAAUCUUGACAACUGUAUGAUCAUCACUGCACCUUUUAAUAGACCGAAUUUGUGUUACCAAGUUUUGCCCAAACCGCAUACCAAAAACGAAGUUUUAACUUAUUUAGAGAAACUCAUGAAAGAGCAGUACGCGGGUCAGAGCGGGAUUAUUUAUACCAAUACCAUAAAUGAAUGCAUUAACUUGGCUACUGACUUAAAAGCCAGGAAACUGAAAGUCGCCCCAUUUCAUGCCCAAUUGGAUCCUGACCAAAAGAAAGAAAUACAUAAAAAGUGGCUGGAUAAUAGAUAUCAAGUAGUUGUUGCAACCGUUGCCUUUGGCAUGGGCAUUGAUAAACCUGAUGUCAGGUUUGUAAUCCAUCACGUGAUUCCGAGAAGCAUGGAAAGCUUAUAUCAGGAAAGUGGCAGAGCUGGCAGAGACGGCGAAAACGCCGAUUGCAUAGUCCUAUUUAGUUUAAACGAUUACUUAAAAAUUUCAGCAGUGUCAACUUCGGUACUGGAAGAGAAAAAGGCUCAACAAGUGCUAGAAUACUGCGUUGAGCGCUUACAAUGUCGUCGCUCGAUUUUAGCCUCUUAUUUUGAACAAGUGUGGGAAGCAAGCGAUUGCAACAAAAUGUGCGAUAUUUGCAAACUCGAGACAAAGAUCUCCGUACAUUAUGACUUAACGAAAUUUUGCAAAGACAUUCAAGCCUUGAUAUAUCAAGCAGAAGGAUUCAACGAGAAACUGACUCUAAUUAAACUACUAGAUGCUUGGUAUCACAGCGGCCCGAAAAAAUUCCGAGUGCCAAAUAUGGAACGCCCGAAAAUGAGUAAAGAGCAUGCCGAGAUUGUUAUCGCAUUCCUUUUACUACAAAAGUACCUAAGUAUUGAUAGAGGAUACACUAUGUAUUCUACGGUGUCCUACAUCGUCAAGGGUAAGUCCAUCGGUGAUGAAAAAAUCUACAUGGUGGGCUUAGAUGACAUGAAAAAAGUGACUAAAGUCUGUGAUGAGGGUGAACCCCCUCAGAAAAAAACAAGAACUGACUAGAUUAAGAUUUUGUUGUGUUGUUUCGUUCGUUUCGUUUUUUUAAUAAAGGAUUUUUUUAAUUUGA